ACUUAUCUGAGUCUCUGUGUCAUCUGUCUGUGUGAGAGUGAACAACCGUCCAAAUGGCUCAGCAGGCAGUUCUGCUGGACCAGGACCAGUUCUGUUGUUCUGUCUGUCUGGAUCUACUGAAGGAACCAAUCACCAUCCCCUGUGGACACAGUUACUGUAGGAGCUGUAUUGAGGGCUGCUGGGAUCAGGAUGUUCUGAAAGGCUAUAGCUGUCCUCAGUGCAGACAGACCUUCACUCCAAGGCCUACUCUGAGGAAAAAUAACAUGUUGGCUGAAGUGGUGGAGAAACUGAAGAAGACAGGACUCCAGGCUGCUCUCCCUCCUGCUCUGUGCUAUGCUGGACCUGGAGAUGUGGUGUGUGAUGUCUGCACUGGGACCAGAAAGCAGAAAGCCCUCAUGUCCUGUCUGUCGUGUCUGGCCUCUUACUGUGAGACUCACCUCCAACCUCACUAUGAAUCUCCUGCUUUCAAGAAGCACAAGCUGGUCAAAGCCACCGCACAACUACAGGAGAAGAUCUGCUCUCAUCAUGACAAACUUCUGGAGGUUUACUGUCGUACCGAUCAGCAGUGUAUCUGUAUGCUGUGUACAACGGAUGAACAUAAAGGCCAUGAUACAGUGUCAGCUGCAGCAGAGAGGACUGAGAAACAGAGGCAGCUGGGGAUGAGUCAGCAGAAGGUCCAGCAGAGAUUCCAGGAGAGAGAGAAGGAGCUGAAGGAGCUCCAACAGACUGUGGAGUCUCUCAAGCACUCUGCACAGGCAGCAGUGGAGGACAGUGAUCAGAUCUUUACUGAGCUGAUCCGCUCCAUUGAGAGAAAGCGCUCUGAGGUGAAGGAGCUGAUCAGAACCCAAGAGAAGGCUCAAGUGAGUCAAGCUGAAGGACUCCUGGAACAAGUGGAACAGGAGAUAGCUGAGCUGAGGAAGAGAAGCACUGAGCUGGAGCAGCUCUCACACACAGAGGAUCACAUCCAUUUCCUCCAGAGUUAUCAGUCUCUCUCCAGUAUCAGUGUAUCUUCAGACUUAGCCAAAAUCGUUGUCCUUCCUCUUCAGUACAUUGGAGAUGUGAGUAAGACUGUGUCUGAACUGAGAGAGAAGCUAGAAGACUUCCUUAAAGGAGAAUGGACCAAGAUCUCCACUACAGUGAAUAUAGUGGAUGUUGUACUGCCUCCAGAGCCCAAGACCAGAGAACAGUUCUUACAAUAUUCCUGUCAGCUCACACUGGACCCAAACACAACACACACACACCUCUCUCUGUCUGAAGGGAAAAGAAAGGUGACUUAUACAGGCCAAGUCCAACCAUAUCCUGAACAUCCAGACAGAUUCACAAAUGACUUGAUGGUGCUGUGUAGAGAGGGUCUGUCUGGACGCUGUUACUGGGAGGUGGAGUGGAGUGGACGGUGGGUUAUUAUAGCAGUCUCAUAUAAAGACAUCAGCAGAACAGGGAGAGGUAAUGCGUUUGGAUUGAAUGACAAGUCCUGGAGUUUACAGUGCUAUAGUGGUGGUUAUUGUUUCAGACACAAUAAUGUUGUGACUAAAGUAUCAGGCCCUCAGUCCUCCAGAGUAGGAGUGUACCUGGAUCACAAGGCAGGUACUCUGUCCUUCUACAGUGUCUCUGACACAAUGACCCUCCUCCACAGAGUCCAGACCACAUUCACUCAGCCCCUCUAUCCUGGGGUUUGGCUCAAUAGUGAUAAUGGUACUGCUGAGCUGGUCAAACUGUAGUAGGGUCCACAUAGAUACUAGUCAUGCUGGUGUAGUCUAUAGCUGAGCUGGUUAAACUGUAGUAGGGUUAACAUAGAUACUAGUCAUGCUGUUGUUGAUGGUCCUCAGAUGUUAUGACCAGUGGCGAUUUUAGCAUGUAAAUCUUGGUGGGGCAAAAAAAAUAAAACACAGACUAAACAAGACAUUAAUAGCACUAUAAUGGUGACCAACACUGCCAACAAACUGUUAGGGCCUACAUAAAGCUGUCCCAACAGCAGUCCCAACACCUUACCACUGCUACACCAUCAGCAGAGCCUUAUCUGGCACCGAAACAGUUAAUUCAGCCUUAUUUACUGCUGUAAAAAAAAUAUUGCCGAUAUGGCUGACUUGUUUAAACAAAUGUGGUUUCUAUUGAGAUGUACAAACUAUGGCAUGAGGGAACGACGAGCGAAUAAGAGGCAAUCCGUAAUUUCGAUUAUGACAUUAAUGAGCAAGCUAGGACGCUCUGUAUUUUCUGCUGGCUUGCCCCACCAUCACAGAAAGCACGGAGCUGGGCUGAAACACCUGGAAUUUGGAGCUGCAAUACUCAAGAAAACAAAAAAUAUACCAUGUUUGUGUGCAGCUUUAUUAACUCAGUGAUCUAUAUUUUUUUACAUUGUUUGCAAACUGAUAUGUGACACGUAAUAAUGCCAAAAUUUAAAAAGCCCCCCCCCCUUCAUUCCACUCUGUUUUUAUAUAUAAUAUUUUUUUUCUGAAUAAUUUGAUCUUCUGUGAUGUAAUUCGUAAAAUUGCAAUGUAUUCAUAUUUUAUCAAAUGCAAUGUUUUAUUCUUGUACAUUCACAUCAUCAUGAUGUUUGGUGUUGAUGUAUAUUGGUUGGCAUUCAAAACCAUAUAUAUGUUUUCUCAAUUGGUUCUCUGUCUCUAUGUAGUUUUCCUCAGUGGCAUGGAACAGGUAGUAUCACUAACUAACUAACUAACUAACUAACUAACUAACUAACUAACUAACUAACUAACUAACUAACUAAACUAUGUGGAACAGGUAGUAUCACUAACUAACUAACUAACUAACUAACUAACUAACUAACUAACUAACUAACUAACUAACUAACUAAACUAUGUGGAACAGGUAGUAUCACUUACUUGCUAACUGAACUAUAUGGGACAGACACAGAUUAAGCCUAGUCCUAAACUACAAAGUAUGUCCAAUGGAGAUGUCCGGGAAACCGGCCCUGAGUUUGGCAUCUUUCGUCCUCCCAUACUGCUCAGUCAAGCAACAUUAAACCUGUCCAACAGGUGGUGCUAUUGACCAAACAAUAAAAACAGGAGAUAGCUCAGUAUAACAGUAAUGUUCAGAAUACGACAUUAAUAUCAUCGGAAAUUGAUGGUCUUGUUAAUCCACUAUCCAGAGUCAGGAACAGAUGAAGUCUGUCAAUAUCUCAAAAGUAGUCUGAAAUCAAGAUGACUGCAGGUCUCAAUCCCAAACAAAUGGGGGAAAUUAUGACAUUUAGAGAUAUGGAUAAAACAUUUUUUUUAACAAACUUUGCUAAUCCCCUUUGCUAAACAUACAUUGUGAUAUUUUCUUUUCACAUUGUCCUUUCAAGGAUGGUUCCAGAACUAUGGUGAAUGCAUAACCAGACCGGCCCAGUUUGGCCCUGCUUGACUCCAUAGUGUUAAACAGGGAUGAGUGUGUUUUUGGGGGUCAGAUUGAGAAAGGCAAAGCACUGCAUUACUGAUCUGGAUCACUUAGUGAGUCAUUACUUGGGAUGAAAGGUGAUUUGUAGAUGAUUGAUUCUGCUCAGUUGAUUACAAUGGAGUUGAUCUCCAACAUGCACAAUGUCAUGAAGACCACUAGUACUCUAUAGACAUUUUACAUUUACAUUUUAGUCAUUUAGCAGACGCUCUUAUCCAGAGCGACUUACAGUAGAGUGCAUACAUUUUUUUUUAUUACAUUUUACAUACUGAGACAAGGAUAUCCCUACCGGCCAAACCCUCCCUAACCCAGGCGACGCUAUGCCAAUUGUGCGUCGCCCCACGGACCUCCCGGUUGCGGCCGGCUGCGACAGAGCCUGGGCGCGAACCCAGCCCAGCCUGGGCGCGAACCCAGAGACUCUGGUGGCGCAGCUAGCACUGCGAUGCAGUGCCCUAGACCACUGCGCCACCCGGGAGCCCCGGGUGAAUGAGACCACCCCCUAUACCAGGGUUGGCUGGCCUUCUCUAGUCAAUCGUAGACUCAGUCACUGAUAUACUUUUAUUUACAAAGCCAUUUUGGGUUUACUACCAUUUUAAUUGGGUUAUUUUAUUGUUCAGAAAUGUGGUGGGUACUCUCUUCGUUCGCUGGACUUUAUCCUGCUAACUGUUCCAAAUGUCCAAACUUAAUUUAGUAAAAGGGAUUUUAUGUACUCGGCUUUGAACGCCUUACAAAAUACUUUUAAACUGGAAGAACUUCUCCUGAUUGGUGUUUUUAAAUCAUUGAUCAAGGAUUUUGAGGCUGAUUCCCUGACCUGUCAAUGUUUUAAUUUCCUGUUUUAUGGUUUUGUUAUACUCCUGUGAUUUCUAUGGUUUUUACUAGAUUACCUGUAGUUUUCAUGUUGUCUGUCUGUAAUUGUCUAAUGACUUGGUGCUGCAUAUCUUGGUCAGGGCGCUCUUGAAAAAGAGAUUUCAAAUCUCAAUGAGCCCUUCCUUGUUAAAAAAAAAAGAAAAAAAAGAGGACUAAUGACCAACUCUGAACCUCACCACACUAUGCUGUACUGACAGCAUCAUCAUCACACUAUGCUGUACUGACAGCAUCAUCAUCACACUAUGCUGUACUGACAGCAUCAUCACCACACUAUGCUGUACUGACAGCAUCAUCAUCACACUAUGCUGUACUGACAGCAUCAUCAUCACACUAUGCUGUACUGACAGCAUCAUCACCACACUAUGCUGUACUGACAGCAUCAUCAUCACACUAUGCUGUACUGACAGCAUCAUCAUCACACUAUGCUGUACUGACAGCAUCAUCACCACACUAUGCUGUACUGACAGCAUCAUCAUCACACUAUGCUGUACUGACAGCAUCAUCAUCACACUAUGCUGUACUGACAGCAUCAUCACCACACUAUGCUGUACUGACAGCAUCAUCAUCACACUAUGCUGUACUGACAGCAUCAUCAUCACACUAUGCUGUACUGACAGCAUCAUCAUCACACUGUGCUGUACUGACAGCAUCAUCAUCCCACUAUGCUGUACUGACAGCAUCAUCAUCACACUGUGCUGUACUGACAGCAUCAUCACCACACUAUGCUGUACUGACAGCAUCAUCAUCACACUAUGCUGUACUGACAGCAUCAUCAUCACACUAUGCUGUACUGACAGCAUCAUCAUCCCACUAUGCUGUACUGACAGCAUCAUCAUCACACUGUGCUGUACUGACAGCAUCAUCACCACACUAUGCUGUACUGACAGCAUCGUCAUCACACUAUGCUGUACUGACAGCAUCAUCAUCAUCACACUAUGCUGUACUGACAGCAUCAUCAUCAUCACACUAUGCUGUACUGACAGCAUCAUCAUCACACUAUGCUGUACUGACAGCAUCAUCAUCCCACUAUGCUGUACUGACAGCAUCAUCAUCACACUAUGCUGUACUGACAGCAUCAUCAUCACACUAUGCUGUACUGACAGCAUCAUCAUCACACUGUGCUGUACUGACAGCAUCAUCACCACACUAUGCUGUACUGACAGCAUCAUCAUCACACUAUGCUGUACUGACAGCAUCAUCAUCACACUAUGCUGUACUGACAGCAUCAUCAUCACACUGUGCUGUACUGACAGCAUCAUCACCACACUGUGCUGUACUGACAGCAUCAUCAUCACACUGUGUGGUACUGACAGCAUCAUCAUCACACUAUGCUGUACUGACAGCAUCAUCAUCACACUAUGUUGUACUGACAGCAUCAUCAUCACACUGUGCUGUACUGACAGCAUCAUCACCACACUAUGCUGUACUGACAGCAUCAUCAUCACACUAUGCUGUACUGACAGCAUCAUCAUCACACUGUGCUGUACUGACAGCAUCAUCAUCACACUAGUAUUAAUGUUCACACUCUGGGUCUCAUUGGUCCACAUUUAAACUGGUCUUGGUCUCAUUACAGGUGAGACACAUGGGUCUAGAGAUAUCUAGUGGUUGAUUCUUGGUCUGGGUCUCCCUGGUUCUGUUCCAGUCUGUCCUGUCUCCAUCUCUGGUACCAAGACACCAACAUCAUACACUCCAGACCUGGGUUCAAAAACGAUUUAAAAUCUUCCAAAUACAUUGAGCGUUUGCUUUUGCCUGCCUGGAGUGGUCAGGGUUUUGCACGUUUAUAAUUGUUCUGUUGCUUCCAUUGUACCAGCCAAGUUUAAUCAAGCCCACAUAAAGUUUUAGAAAUUAUUUCAAAUCAGGAAAUUGUAAAAGAAGGUUCAGGAUGGCAACUUAAUUAUUUUCAAUAAUAUUAAUUGCUGAAGUGUUUCGAGCAAGCUUCUUCAUCAAAGCACUAUUAUAGCACAGUUAUUACAAAUCCACAUUGACAUGGAAAGGAACCAUCAUUAAUGUCUGUGUAACAGUUUGACACUGUGAUAGAUCACUCUGUUACAUUGACAUGGAAAGGAACCAUUAUUAAUGUCUAUAUGUAACAGUGUGUCACUGUGAUAGAUCACUCAGUUACAUUGACAUGGAACGGAACCAUGACUAAUGUCUAUGUGUAACAGUGUGUUACUGUGAUAGAUCACUAUCUUAAUCCUCAGAAUUCAUACAGUAUGGAACACCUGUAAUGGGAAUUUUAAGGUUUGUGCUUUACUUUUAUUCUGUGUUCCAUCCAUGUGCUGUUCUAUGAACCAAUUUCUGUGUUCAUGCAAGUGGUUGACUGAAUAAAUCCUCCUCUUAUCAGUAACUGCAAUUUGGCAGUACGCCCAGACCUUGUUUUGAGAACAAACGAAAGAUAUCUCAGUUUCAAGGUCUCAGCUUAUAGAGGAGAAGCCUUGUGAGGUGUUGGUCUAUCACGUUAUGAAACAGUAUUGGUCAGUAACGCGAAUAAAACAAAACGGUAAUGAUUCAUUAAUUAUGUUAAAUCAUGUAAAUAUAACUUGUCUGUGUAUAGCCGUAUAUAAGACAACUGCUGUGUCUGCCCAGGGAGAGCUCCUGAUUGACAUGUGUACUAUGGUGCAUUAAAUUGGUUGGGACCUCUCCAGCGCGCUGACAAUAAACAAUGAUUAAUUUAAGAUUGA